AUGGGUCUCAAGAGGGCAUGGUGUUUCCCAUGGUGUAGGUGCCGGAGACGGCGAGGGACUGAAAGAGGAGCAGGUCUGCAUCCAGCUGCCCCUCCAGAUCCAGAUCCCAGUCCAGUUAUAGCCCCCAUUAUGACUGAGGGAGGGGUACCCUCCCUAGGGUCCAGUGCUUACUUCAGCAGGAAAGCCCGGCUCUCCUUCCGCCACCAGCUGCAUGACAUAGCAUCAGCCAAUGACUCCACCAUUUAA